GUCCCAUUAUAUAUACCCCAUCUAUCACGUUACAAUUUAUCUCUUGCUCUCUCCCUCCCUUUCCGUUUCCUCAUUUCCUCAUCUAAGACUUGAUAUCCACAACCCUAGCUAGGCUUAUGCUAGAACUGGCAAACUCUCAGGAAAUUAUGGAGGAAACUGAUUCCAAUAAUCGAAGGGUGGUUCUCGCCCUCUAUGAGGCCUUGAGCUCGCACGAUGUGGCCAUGGUGCACCAAGUCCUUGCCCCCAACCUCGAGUGGUGGUUUCAUGGUCCGCCUUCUCACCAGUUCUUGAUGCACCUUCUGACCGGCAUUGCCCCCGCCUCUGCCACAUCAUUCCGAUUUGUGCCUCAAUCCAUCACUUCCUUUGGGCCAACCGUCCUUGUCGAGGGCUGUGAUCAUGAUCGCUCUAUUUCUUGGGUUCACGCCUGCACCGUUACUGAUGGGAUAAUCACUCAGGUAAGGGAGUACUUCAACACGUCCCUCACUGUUAUGCGCCUCAGUAACUCCAACUCAUCUUCAAUGCCGUCAUCCUCAUCAAGGGUUGAAAUAAACCCGCUUCGUUGCCCGUCCCUUUGGGAGAGCAGUGUCUCCAGCCAAGUCGGAAAGUCAGUGCCGGGUUUGGUCCUGGUGAUAUGGUAUUGUUUUCUCCCUAUAUUCCCUCAAUCAGCUGUAGCCGUUACUAUUAUUAAAAGUAAAUAAAAGUGUACAGGUGUCAGCCCCUGAUUGAGUGAAUCACUUACGGGCUCAGCUGGAUUGCCAUAAAAGAUCGAGUCAGAGACUCUCAAGGUGCAAAUAGUCAAACACAAAGUUGCAUUCAAAGUGACGUUCCAAUGGGCUUUGAAUGCGCAUGCAUUAAUCCACAA